GUCAUCUGCGCCGUGCCGGGUAGACUGGGUCUCUGUGGGAAAACUAGGGUAAACUGGUCGUGGCUUUUCUUGGAGCGGGGACGCGUGCUGCGGGCGGGUAUGUUGGAGGCUGCGGUUACUGUGGAGGAGGAAGAGGAAUACGCGGAGGACUGUCCUGAAUUGGUUCCCAUUGAGACCAAGCAAGGAGAGGAAGAAAAGCUUGAUCCCGGCGUCAGGAUUCCAGUCACAAUUAUCACAGGGUAUUUAGGUGCUGGAAAGACAACACUUCUGAACUACAUUUUGACAGAGCAACAUAGUAAAAGAAUAGCAGUCAUUUUAAAUGAAUUUGGAGAAGGGAGUGCAGUAGAGAAAUCCUUAGCUGUUAGUCAAGAUGGAGAGCUCUAUGAAGAGUGGCUAGAACUUGGAAAUGGUUGCCUCUGCUGUUCAGUGAAGGAUAAUGGCCUUAGAGCUAUUGAGAAUUUGAUGCAGAAGAAAGGGAAAUUUGAUUACAUACUUUUAGAGACCACUGGAUUAGCAGAUCCUGGUGCUGUGGCUUCUAUAUUUUGGGUUGAUGCAGAAUUAGGCAGUGAUAUUUAUCUUGAUGGUAUCAUAACUGUUGUAGAUUCAAAAUACGGAUUAAAACAUUUAACAGAAGACAAACCUGAUGGCUUUAUCAAUGAAGCUACUAGGCAAGUUGCUUUGGCAGAUAUCAUUCUCAUCAAUAAAACAGACUUGGUUUCAGAAGAGGAGUUAAACAACUUAAGAACAACUAUUAGAUCAAUAAAUGGACUGGGAAAAAUUUUAGAAACGCAAAGAUCAAGGGUUGAUCUCUCAAAUGUGUUAGAGCUUCAUGCCUUUGAUAGUCUCUCUGGAAUAAGUUUGCAGGAAAAGCUCCAGCAUGUACCAACAGUGCCUCACCUUGAUCAGAGCAUUGUUACAAUUACAUUUGAAGUGCCAGGAAAUGCAAAGGAAGAGAGUCUAAAUAUAUUUAUCCAGAAUCUCCUGUGGGAAAAGAAUGUGAGGAACAAGGACGGUCGCUGCAUGGAGGUCAUACGGCUGAAGAUUUGGUCCACUAUAUGUGCUUGCAAAUUUGAGCAGGGGCUGGUGUCCAUCAAAGACAAACCAAAACAGAUGAUUCUGCAAGGUGUCCAUGAGCUCUAUGACCUGGAGGAGAUGCCGGUGAAGUGGGAAGAUGCCGAGAGAACAAACCGGCUGGUCCUUAUUGGCAGGAAUCUAGAUAAGGAUAUCCUUAAGCAGAUGUUUAUAGCUACUGUGACAGAAGCAGAAAAGCAGGAGACAGCACAUGAAGUUCACCCCCCACACUAGAAGCAUUUGUCUGUAAAGGAUGGGAUAGUAAAACAAGGAUAAGUUUCCUACUGGUGUAUUUCAGUACUGAAUUCUUUUCAUUACCUCUGUUACUAAUUCCAAUGUACUUUAAGAUAGUAUUUAUUUUAUAGAAUACAUAAAAUUUUAGUAAAUCAUUGUAAAAUAUUUGACAUUCAUACAAUAAAAUAUAUAU